AUUAAGAGACUUGGGAUGUACCCUCUGUUGUUGAAGUGUCAUGUUUCCCCCAUGGGAGGGGCGGGGACGUGUUGCAAGCCAGAGUUCCCGGAUGUGGGUCUGAAGCAUUCAAAGGGCUGUCUUGUCUGCCUCUUUAAAAAAAAAAAAAAAGGCUGUUUAGAAGUCUGUGUGUUGACGCCCUCUCUUCUGACAUUACUACAGUUCGCUAGGUAACUUUAGCUCUUGACUGUUAGGCACCCAGUUUGAAAAUGGCGACAGACGAGCUCUCAUCCAAGCUCAGCCGUCGGCUCCAGAUUGAAGAAGGAGCCGAGGAUCCUGUUGCUGUAGACGUCCUCGGACAUCAGAAUGGGUCGGAAGAGAAACCGAGUACGACCAACGCCAACGCAGACUCGGAGCUGGGUGCUAAACUGAUGCGGCGAGGAGAGCUGAACGAAGGGCUGGGUGAGCAAUGCCAGCCCAGCAUGAAGGUCUUCAACCCGUACACCGAGUUCAAAGAGUUCUCCCGGAACCAGAUAAAGGACAUGGAAAGGAUGUUCAAAACGUGAGUUUGUGACAAUCUGCAUGAAUACUGAUAACGUUACCCCAACAGGUUGAAGACCAACUGUUAAACAUGCCUUCAGGCCAGUGGUUGCUUUUUUAUUUCAUGUAACAGGGAAGUAACUUUAAGAUUGCUCAUAUGAGGAAGUUGAGUUGGCAGGUCACACGAUGAUUUCCCAAUAACACAAAACUUGAAUCUAAAUUUAAGGAUUAGUGAGGGAGAGUUAGUAUUGUUAUUGGGUAUACAAAAUAUAGGCUGAAACCAGCCUUCUGGGAUAAAAGAUGGAUAAGUGAACAAAAAAGAUAAAUUACUCAAGAAAGUAAUCUGUCCUGUACAAUGGACUUGUGCACUUGGGAGAAGUUUGCCUUCUUCCAGAAGGAGUUUAUUGAUCUUUUCCUAAACCUAACCAAGUAGGUUUAAAACUUAAGGAGAUUUGUGUCUGAAAAGGCCCAAAGGCAAACUUCUCCAUGUGCUGGGUUUCUGUAGCGUGAGUGAUUGCUGGGUGGGGACAAUAUGCAAGUCAGUGAUAAGGAAAUCAGACAACAGGUGCUCAUUGAAUAUAGAAUAUAUCAUAGUGUGCUCAGUCAUCUACUUGAUGUGUGGUUAAUUCAUAUAGGUUGAUGGAUAAAAUAUGCAGCAAAUUGAACCCAAGUUUAUCAGAUGAUCAGUAACCCUCUUUCUUGAUUCUAAAAGAAGUGUGAUGAACACAUUUAAAAUGUAUUCACUCAUAUUCACACUUGGAAGAAUAAAUAAAUUAAUACAAUUAUUAAAGCUGUAUAAAUCUGACCUUAUACAGAACUCUAUGACCUUAAACCUCAGUUAAACCAGGGGCCUGAGUUAAUUUAAUCUGGUGCUCUUUAUGACGCCUGUCUUCAUUGAGCUAUCGUUAAUUUUGUUAUGAGCUAGCUCUGUUAAUUCUGUGUUUUCUAAUCCAGUUACAUUCAUGGCACGAAUGUGGAGUUGUUUAAUAAUAAGCAACAUCAUCAGAACCAUGAAUGAAGCAACUGGCUCAGUGGUAGAGCGGGGCAUCCUUCAAUCAGCAGAUCCCCGGUUACUCCAGUCGAUGUGUCCUUGGGCCAGACACUUAACCCUAAAUUGCUCCCGUAUGCUGUGCCUGUGGUGUGUGAAUGUCA